ACGCUCACACAUCGGGACACAUUCUGGCGGCAGGGCCCGCUGGAACCUAUCGAUCCAACAAAGAACUCUACCGCGGAGCACGGAUUUUCGGUUCGAGUGUUCCGAACCAGUGUGCCACUCGCUGGCAAAGCACUUUCGUUGCAGCGUGCCUUCGGGAUGGACGCGUACGAAGCUGCCGGCUCCAGUGAAGAUCCGGAAGUUCGGCAAGCUUUCUCCGAUAGCAUUCUGCACAUACUGAGACCACUCUCGGAGCUGGAGCUACCCGGGAUAGAUUCUCGGUGUGAAAACAAUUCCGAUUCUUCUCGAAGUGCGCUAUCGGAACCGUUUUCCGAUCUGGACGAUUCUUACAUACUGUUGGAUCAGCGGAAAAAGAAACCGGGUAAAGAUGAGGGUGAUGACAUGAUGCUGCUCAAUCAAUUCACUUCCGAGUUCCGUGAGGUAUACGACCAGCUCAUCGGUGAGCUUCAUGAACGGGAGGAACCACUGCUUCCAUCGGACGCAGCUCAAGAGCAAGAUUUCGCCCAUGAGCUGUCUCUUGAAGAUACGAGUAGCGGCUUUAGUCCAUCCUUUCAAAGCUUCAUCGAUGAGAUGCUGCUCAAAUGUGACCUCAAGUACCAUCUGGACGAGAAGAAAAAGCGACACGAUCAGCAUCGUCGCAAACAUCGCCGGGUGCGAAAGGUUCAGCCUACCGUACCGAAGGACGCACUGGAACCGGCCGAACGGGACUCCCUGUCCGGGGUGUGGCGUAUGCUCGACGCUGUCUCCGAACCGAACGGAUUUCCCAUCACCGAAGGACAGUACGAUCUGUACGAGGACGAGCGGUUCGAGUGGUUACUGCGGGAGAAGCUUCCCUGGCAGCGGAUGGAAGUGUCCCGCAAGAAGUGCGAACAGUGGCUCAAGAUGGGCCCCGGCAACGCCAAAACGCCGGACGAAAAACGAUCCCGCCAGUCCCAUCGGCCAUCGAGCCAUCGGCGUAUGUGAAAGCCUUUCCCGACCGUGGAUAAACAGCAUUUACCGACCAGUAUUAUGUAUCCCGUGUGCCACUGUGAGCGGUUGAGCGAGAAGAUGCUCGUCUCGGCGUCCAUUGAAUCGUUCGACGGUGCGUUCCUAUUCAAGAUCGAAAUCGCAUUCACAAUCUGCUUACGAUGUUGCCGUGCUGAAGCACAAUGAGGAAAUGUGCACAAAGCGAUACACUUGCCAUAAGUCAACCGGAUGCUGCUGAUGCACC